AUGCUAACAUCGAGUUGGCGUUCUCGCUACCGAAAGAUAAGUUACAUUUACCGAGAAAACCAUCGUGCAACUAGACGACAUCUUUCAUCAAAUUCAAACGCAUUAAAGAAGAGAAGUGUUUAUUCUUUGAACUCAAUGAAUAAUACAACCGAAUUGAGUACCUGUUCAAAUCAAUACCAUGAACGAAGCAAAGAUGUACUAACAACCAGAGAAAAACGUGCUAUGUAUAUGGUUCAAUUGCGAGGCGAAAGAGAUUCCGAAUAUCGUCGAAUUGAACGUGAAAAUAACGCUCGUGCUAUGCGAAGAAAACGUUUGGAGGAUCCACUUUAUCGGGAAAACGAACGACAACGAAAUCGUGCACAUAUGGCGACAAUUCGUCGAGAAAAUUCACUCUAUCGUCAACAAGAACACUUGAAAAAUCGUCAUCGGAUGGCAUCAAAACGUCACUCAUUACCACAAUCAGCUGGAACCAAUUCCAUCUACAAAACAUUAGAAAACAAUUUACAAUCAUCACACAUUUCAUUCAUUCCAUAUCAAACACAUUUCGAAAUCUCAACUGAACCAAAGCAACGAAUUGAAUACAAAUUUCUCCAGCAUAUUGAUGUAUUCUGUCGACAAAAUGAUAUCACUUCUCAUUCAGAUAAUGACACUCCAAGUUAA